UAUAAUUCUUCGCAUCUCUUUCCUUUCAAUUCCUCUGCCAUUUUGCAGCUGCGACCAAGACGUGGAAAACUUGAGGACAUGGUUUCGCUUAAGCUCCAAAAGCGGCUUGCCGCGAGCGUCCUCAAGUGCGGGAAGGGAAAGGUUUGGCUCGAUCCUAAUGAAGCCAAUGAAAUAUCCAUGGCUAACUCUCGCCAAAACAUAAGAAAGCUGGUUAAGGAUGGUUUCAUUAUCAGGAGGCCAACCAAGAUCCACUCUCGAUCUCGUGCCCGACGCAUGAAGGAGGCUAAGAGGAAGGGUCGUCACUCUGGAUAUGGUAAGCGCAAGGGUACAAGGGAGGCAAGGCUGCCAACUAAAAUUUUAUGGAUGAGGAGGAUGCGCGUUCUCAGGCGUCUGCUCCGCAAGUACAGGGAAGCAAAGAAGAUUGACAAGCACAUGUACCAUGACAUGUACAUGAAAGUGAAGGGUAAUGUUUUCAAGAACAAGAGAGUUCUAAUGGAGAGUAUUCACAAGUCUAAGGCUGAGAAGGCAAGAGAGAAGACUUUGUCUGACCAAUUUGAGGCCAAGAGGGCAAAGAAUAAGGCAAGCAGAGAAAGAAAGAUUGCUAGGAGGGAAGAACGUUUGGCUCAGGGCCCUGGUGCUGACAAGCCAGCAUCUGCACCACCUGCUGCAGCACUCCAAGCGACAGAGGUGCCAAAGAAGUCCAAGAAGUGAAGUAAAUGUGAGGGAUAAUGGAGGAUUAUGACUUUAGAUAGCAUGUUUAUUCCAUGGCAGAAUAGUUUUGUUCAGCCAGUUUUUGCCUUUUAAGUUUUUGAGUUGAAACUUCUUGUCGCACUAUAUUAAAGUUUACAAGUUGUUUAAUAUUUAGCAUUCUGGUAAAUUUUUUGUGCCACUGAAUCCAUUUUACUCCACUUUUAAUUCAA